AUGUCCUCUCCCAGCGAGGGGGACCCCUCCAACGGAAAUCUGUCGCCGGACGACUCCAUGACUUUUUCAGCUGUCGCAGACCAGCAGGGAAACGAUAGCGACGUCUCCCAAGGUCUGAAUGCCACCAAUAGCCCUCCUGACCACCCAUCUCCCUCCGAUCCCGAAGCUUCAAACGAUGAGGCUACGAACCAUGCAGACGCCGACCAUGCCAUGUCAGAAAGCGAAGAAUCCAGCCAUGGCAAUGAUGAGGAAGACGACAAUGAAGACGAGGACGACGUCACAGCUGGCCGAGCCAGUUCAUCAGAAUCAGCUCGAGCAGCCAAGCGAAAAGCUCCCGUGGAAGAUGAAUAUAUGAAGGCCAAUCCAGAGCUUUAUGGUCUUCGGAGAAGUACUCGACCACGAGAGCAACGCAAAAUAAUCGAAUCGGAAUCAGAAUCAGAUGUUGCGCCAGCCAGUCGUCGCCAGAAUAAACGCCGGCGCGUUGGAAGUUCCCACGCAUCCUCAAAAAGGGGAACGCCCGUAUUGCAACCUUCAACCAACGAUUCCGACUCAGAUUCUUCUACAUAUGGUGGAGCUCGCGCAAAGAGCCAACAGAAAAAGGCCAGGCAACAGCGUGAGAUGCAGCCCGCCUUGGCCCUUGCCGAGAAGCGGUGGUCAAACCGCCGUGCGGCGCAACAGGUGCAAGAGGGUGCAUACGAAGAGAGCGAUGUCGACGAAGAAGAUGAAGAAGAUGCGGAACUUGCUGCGUCUUACUACGUCGAUGACUAUGUCGACAACUCCCCCUACAUCGAAAAAGUUGUCAAGCACAGGCUCAGAGAUGGCCACGAGCUUACCUACGAUUCCACCCGCAGCGACUUUGAGUACUUCAUCAAGUGGCAAGGAAAAUCCCACUUGCAUGAUACCUGGGAGCUGCUUGAUUCUCUACGCAGUGUCCGCGGCUUUCGCAAGGUCGAAAACUACUUUAGAAAGUUUGUUGACCAGGAGCUUGACAUUCGAUUUGGAGAUGAUAUUCCCCCGGAGACAAAAGAGCAGUUUUUCCUCGAUCGCGAUCGAGACGAGGAAGCUCUCGAAGACUACACUAAGGUCGAACGCGUCGUCGCCGUUCGGGAUGGCGAUGAGGGCGAUGAGUACUACGUCAAGUGGAAAGGACUUACCUACGAAGAAUGCACGUGGGAGGCGGCAUCAGACAUCAGCACCCUGUUCCAAGACAAAAUCGACCAGUACAUAGACCGAACUUCAAGGUCAUGGCUGUCCGACCGAAAGGAGACGAGCCUAGACACGCGAUCCAAGAUGACCAAGCUGGAGAAGCAGCCUGACUUUAUUGUCGGCGGCGAGCUUCGAGAAUUUCAGUUGAAGGGACUCAACUUUCUGUGCCUCAACUGGACCCGCGGGAACAAUGUCAUCCUUGCUGACGAAAUGGGCCUGGGCAAGACGGUCCAGACAGUGUCGUUCCUCAGCUGGUUGCGCAAUGCUAGGCGGCAGGAAGGGCCCUCCCUUGUCGUCGCUCCGCUCAGCGUCAUCCCUGCUUGGUGCGACACAUUUAACAAUUGGUCACCAGAUAUCAACUACGUGGUGUAUCUUGGACCAGAGGAUGCUCGAAACAUCAUCCGCGAGAACGAGCUAAUCAUCAAUGGCAAUCCCAAGAAGCCAAAGUUCAACGUCUUGGUCACUUCUUACGAGUUCAUUCUGCAGGACUGGCAAUUCCUACAGUCUAUCAAGUGGCAAGUUUUGGCCGUCGAUGAGGCGCACCGCCUCAAGAAUGCCGAAUCCCAGCUAUACCAGCGCCUGGUGGGCUUUGGUAUCCCCUGCAAGAUCCUCAUCACCGGAACUCCUAUCCAGAAUAACUUGGCCGAGCUGUCUGCCCUUCUCGACUUUUUGAACCCCGGAAAAGUGACCAUUGACGAGGACCUGGACUCGCUCUCCGCUGCCGACGCCCAAGAAAAACUGCAAGACCUUCACCGGUCCAUUGCUCCGUAUAUCCUAAGACGCACAAAGGAAACGGUCGAGUCUGACUUGCCACCCAAGACGGAAAAGAUUAUUCGCGUUGAGCUUUCAGAUGUGCAACUGGACUACUACAAGAACAUUCUCACGAGAAAUUACGCGGCCCUGUGUGAUGCUACAAACGGACACAAGAACUCCCUUCUCAACAUCAUGAUGGAGUUGAAGAAAGUCAGUAACCACCCUUACAUGUUUCCCGGAGCAGAGGAGAGGGUUUUGGCUGGCAGCACACGUCGCGAGGAUCAAAUCAAGGGCUUGAUUGCAAGCAGUGGCAAAAUGAUGUUGAUCGACCAGCUGCUGUCCAAGCUGAAGAAGGACGGACACAGGGUUUUGAUCUUCAGCCAGAUGGUUAGGAUGCUGGACAUUCUCGGUGAUUACCUCUCCCUCAGAGGCUACAAGUUCCAGCGACUUGAUGGCACCAUUGCAGCGGGCCCGCGACGCAUGGCCAUCAAUCACUUCAACGCCGAGGACAGCGAAGAUUUUUGCUUCCUGCUUUCCACUCGUGCGGGUGGUCUCGGCAUUAACCUGAUGACCGCAGACACUGUCAUCAUUUUUGAUUCUGACUGGAAUCCCCAAGCAGAUUUGCAGGCCAUGGCUCGUGCUCACCGUAUCGGACAGAAGCGACCGGUCAACAUUUACCGACUUGUAUCGAAAGAAACGGUAGAGGAAGAGGUUUUGGAACGCGCCCGCAACAAGCUUCUUCUAGAAUAUCUGACCAUUCAGGCUGGCGUCACUGAUGAUGGAAAAGCCAAGUUCAAAGAGGAGCUCAACAAGAAGGGCAUCAAGAUCGACGGCCCUUCCACUUCAGAGGACAUCCAGAUGGUCCUGAAAAUGCGAUCGUCCAAGAUGUUUGAGCAGAGCGGCAACCAACAGCGAUUGGAGCAGCUCGACAUUGAUUCUAUCCUGGAAAAUGCUGAAAUUACAAAGACCAAGGUUGACGACAAGAUCAACCUGAGCAGUGGCGGUAUCGACUGGGAUAAUUUUAUGCAAAUUACCGAUGUCAAAGUAGAUGAUAUCAACCUCGACUGGGACCAGAUUAUCCCAGCAGAAAAACUCGCCGAGAUCAAGGCGGAAGAAGAGAAGAAGCAACAUGACGACUACCUCGCAAAGGUUGCAGCUGAGAGUGCGCCGCGAAGGGCGGCUGUCAAGAGCCGCAACAAGGAUGUGGAGCGCGCAGACCGCUUGAAGAAGCGCCAGAGAGAGCAGCAGCAAGAAGAGGAAGAGCAGCGCGCCUACUUGGCGGAUCCCAAACGCCCCUUGAACGAUAAGGAGCAGCGAAAUCUGAUCAAGGCCUACUUCCGAUUUGGAUCCAUGGAGGAUCGCAGCGCCGAUAUCAUCCAGGAGGCCAAGCUUGGAGAGAGAGACCCCGACUUUGUCAAAUCAGUCUUGGACGAUUUUAUCAAAGCUGCCCAGCAAGCCGUGGACGACAACAGCGCCAAGCUUGCCGAGGAAGAAAAGAAGAUGGGCAAGACAUUGACAAAGAAGGACAAGAAGGCUGUGCUGAUCGAUUUCGGCGAGCUGAAAAAGGUCAAUGCUGAGACUGCCAUCGAACGGCCUAAGCAGCUGCAACUUCUUCGCCAGGUGAUUCGCGGCCAUUCAGACUGGAAAAAUUUCCGGGUGCCGGACGCCACCAAGGCGGCCAACUACAGCUGCCCCUGGGGAGCCAAAGAGGAUGCCAUGCUCCUUGUCGGCAUUGACAAGCACGGGUUUGGCGCGUGGGCUCAGAUACGCGACGAUUCGGACUUGGAGAUGCAAGAGAAGCUCUUCUUGGAAGAGCAUCGGGUGGGCAAAAAGGAGGAGAGAUCCAAAGGCAAUGACAAGCUCAAAGCCCCUGGCGCUGUUCAUCUCGUACGCAGGUCAGAGUAUCUCCUUUCCGUGCUGCAAUCAAAGCACUCGAAUGAUCGACCUGAUUUCAAGCGCAAGCAUCCCUCUCACGACGAUGCCCGUAGUCCCAAACAUCGGCGCUCUGAGGACCCUCGCCGGUCUAGCAAGGCUGGUGAUGAAUAUCGCGACGGCCGCAUAGAGAAACGACGCCAUCGCGAAGAUGACGACCGCCGCCAUGACAGAUUUCGGCGUGAGGAGUAUCGCCGCGACGAUUAUCGCCGUGAUGACCGCCGAGACGACCGCCGAGAUGAUUACCGCAGGGAUGAUCGUCGGGACGACCGUCGGGACCGGGACCGGGAUCGAGAACGCGAACGCGAACGAGAUCGUGAUCGCGAUCACCAUCGUGACCGCGACCGCGACCAUAACCGCGACCAUAACCGCGACCGAGACCGGGACCAUCACCGAGAUCACCGAGACCGUGAUCAUGCAACCCGACAUCUGGAUGAACGCAGAGUCAAGGCACUCCGAAGGCUGGAUGAGCUACGGCGCAUUGGCGAUGACAAAGACCAACGGGCCAAGGACAACGACGCCAUGAUUUGGUUCCUCUUGAAGCCGGUGAGAGAUAACUUUGAGAAAAUUCUUUCAACCACCAAGGACAGCGUCAAGUCCAGUAAGGAGCGCGCAGCCAUUUUUGGAGCCGAGCUGGUGGCCAUUGGGUCGUUUCUCGACGAGAAGCUGCCGGCAACGGUAGCAGACGAUGGUCUCAAAAAUAACUUCUGGGACUUUCUGGCGGCUCUUUGGCCCGUCGACGAUACCAGCAAGAGCGUUACAGGUGACCGACUGAGCUCAAUGUAUCGUACGCUCCAUGCUCGCAACAAGUCGAAGAGUUCUGAGCCCAGUGCUGCAAAACUCAACGGCACACACGCUGUUCGGUGA